AUGGAACGACAGAACAGCAGCAAGAGCCGGAAAUCCAAGACUCUACGCUCCAUUUCCCGGUCUCUCAUCCUCUGCAAUGGCAAGACCAGCGACGACAGGUCGAGCCCGGAGGAGAAGUACCUCAACCCCUUUGAGGGCCAGGCCAACUGGGGCCAAGAGGAAACGAGGCCCUGCCCUCGGCUUCCAUUAGCAGGCACGUCGUUGAGCGGAGACGGGCUUCCCGACCCGGUUUUGAUGCCCAGCAUGGUGCAGCUGAGGGCUGCAGCCAGCGACAGCUGCAAGAAUAUGAAGAGGAAGUUCUUCGUCAAGGAUAGUUGCAUCUGGAAGCUCUGCAUUGCCACGGGGAAUGAUGGGCUGGGAAUUCAAGUCUCCAGGACUCCCAACUGCUCUGCUUUUGGAAAAGAAUACACAGUCAGCCAUGUGAUGGAUGGAGGAGCUGCCCAGAGGGACGGUCGUUUGAGCCCCGGCGAUGAACUUUUAACCGUAAAUGGACAAUCUCUUAAAGAGCUCUCCAGCAAACAGGCAGACGCUCUCAUCCAGUCGGCAAAGGGCUUGGUAAAUUUAGUAAUUGCUAACAAGGAAUCUUCAGUUUGCUCCCGCAGAGAACACCCUGCGAAACAGGAUGCACAGAACGGUUUCAUCUUGCAGACAAAAGCCAAAUGCCAGAGGACCCGCAGCAAUUCAGCCAGUGUGAGUCCAUACUGGAUAGGGGAAAUCGACAGUCCCAUGGCCAAAAAAUCAGCCUCCCGAUACAGGCAGUCCCAUUCUCUUUACAGCAACAGGAAGUCCCUCUCUCAGCAGCUGGACAGUGCGGCCGGAAGAGCCCCCAACAAUCGUCUUUCCCGGUCCUCUCGAUCAUUAAGUACGGCCCAGCUGAUGCAGGCAUCGUGCAGCUCGCAGGCCUCUGUUAUCUCCAAUAUCGUCUUAAUGAAAGGCCAAGGGAAGGGGCUGGGAUUCAGCAUUGUAGGAGGCCAAGAUAGUAUUUAUGGUCCCAUUGGCAUAUAUGUGAAGACAAUCUUUCCUGGAGGAGCAGCUGCUGCAGAUGGAAGAUUGCAAGAAGGGGAUGAAAUCCUGGAACUGAACAGCGAAUCGAUGCAUGGACUCACACAUUGUGAAGCGUUGCAGAAAUUCAAGGCCAAGAAAGGUCUUCUCACGCUCACGGUCCGAACGAGCCUCAGCACUCCGCAUUUGGCAGCCAGCUAUUUAUCGUCUCAUCUCUGCCGUUCGCUGAGCACAAGCAUGUGUAUAACCAAGGAGACCAGCUCCUUCGGCUCAGAAAGUGCCACUUUCCCCUUGAACGCCACCAACGCCAAUGACAGGAUCAUUAUGGAAGUUUCCUUAAAUAAAGAGGCUGGAGUGGGUUUAGGGAUUGGAUUAUGCAGCAUCCCUUAUUUCCAGUGCAUUUCAGGAAUAUUCAUCCAUGCCCUCUCUCCGGGUUCUGUGGCUCAUAUGGAUGGAAGGCUCAGGUGUGGAGAUGAAAUCGUAGAAAUCAAUGAGGCGUCGGUUCACAAUAUGUCCCUUAAUGAGGUCCACGCAGUUCUAAGCCACUGUAGUCCUGGCGCUGUGCAGAUUAUUAUCAGCAGACAUCCUGAUCCACAGGUCUCUGAACAGCAGCUCAAGGAGGCCGUUUCACAAGCCGUGGAAAGCAACAAGUUCGAAAGAGAGCAAUACCAGUGGAAUACAGAAGGCAUUAAAAGUCUGGAAAGCAGCUGGCAUAAGAGACCUCCGUGUGAGAAAUAUUCGGAGAAGAUGGCUGCUCAUUUCAACCACCGUUCCCAAAAGCUAAUGAUCCGUUCCAGCAGCGACAGCAGUUACAUCCCUGGGUCGCCUUGUGGAAAUGGCCUUGCCUACCAGCUGGCUGAUCUCAAAGAAAAAGGACAUAGUAUUGAUGUACCAAUUACCAGACAGCCAACCUCAUUGUUUUCUUCCUCCAGAACUAGCCUGGAGAAAGACUCCUCUUCCCCGCUGAUGCUUAAAGAAGCUGCUCAGCUCUCCCCAAACCACACCAAAAGGUCCGCAGAGAUCCUUGUUAGAAAACCCAGGUCGUCCAAACCCAAACCGCCACCCAGAAAGUACUUCAAACAAGAUUGUGUCGACAGUGAUCAGGUUAGCGGAGAAGUGAAUGAGAGGCCCAAGCCGCCGGGGGAAGGAAGCCUGCCUCCUUCUAAUGCUGAGGAAGCCGGAGACCUGCUGCGGCAGAGAAGCAAGGCAGUUGUAACUCACAGUGUUUUUGCAAACUCUUUAGCGCUGAGAGCUACGGAACAGUCAAGCGUGUGCUUAGAUGCUGUGGAUCAAGAAAGGAAAACCAGCAAAGGGAAGUCUCUCUCAUCAUCUACUCAACGGCCUGCGCUCAGAAGACAAGCGAGGGUGGAUUAUAGCCUUGAGGCUACGACAGAAGACCCUUGGGUUAGGAUUUCCGAUUGCAUAAAAAGCUUGUUUAAUCCCAGCAUGUCGGAAGAUAGCUGCUCCUUAAGCUUGCACCCCGGCAUUGAUACAAAUGAAGGCAAUCAAACGUCUGGAUGCUCGGAAGCAGCCCUGCAGAGAUCAGAUACGGAAGAGGCUGAUUCCAAAGCACCCAGGUCGUCUGACGAUGGUGACUUCGUGAAGAAAGGUCCCCCGGUAGCACCGAAACCUGCCUGGUUUCGCCAAAGCUUGAAAGGUCUAAAGAAAGGAAAUACAGAUGUAGCUCACAAAAACACCACUGACCACCGCCGGAGUGUUUCUGACAAUGAACUGGGUUCCACUUCCAAGAUCAUUCGGGCCUCACCUCGAGGUUCAUCAAUAAAGCAACGGAUCAGCUCUUUUGAAAGCUUGGGCACGCCUCAGUCCCCUGAAAAUGGAAACCGAAAGCUUAGCCCAAAGCUGUCCAUCCAAAAAGAAGUCUCACCCAGCAGGAGGGAGCCCAAAUCUGCUGCAAUUCAUCUCGACCAAGAGUCAGGUGGUAAUGUUGAUGUUCAAGCUUCUGAAAGCACCCAUCUUCUGCCUUUCCUUGAUGCGAGUAAUGUAGAUUCGUCUUGUUCUUCAAGAGAGGAAUGUUCCCCAAGUCCAAAGAUGAGCCACAACACCCCGACUGAAGCUUCUUUGAGUUUGCUACCAUCGCAAGGCCUAGAACCUGACUCCCAGGUCACCAAAGCACCAAGCAAAAGAGCUCGGAGCUUCCCUCUUAGCUCAGCCCAGUCUUGCGAGAUGCUGCAAACCAGUGAAGAGAAAUACAGCAACAUCUAUUCCAUCAGCAACCACUUCUCGUCAGCUUUAAUGAAAUCGCUUUAUUCCCUCCCUCAGUUCGCUCUGUGUCUUGGGAAAAACCCCGGGCGGUCACACAACGGGUCGCCAAAGCCCUGCAGAGAAGAAAAUGGAACUGUUCUCCUGCACGCCAGUGAAGCUCAUUCUCCAGACACCAGCUUUUCUCUUAACCUCUCAGAACUGAGGGACUACAGCGCAAGUCGGUCAGAUAAUGAAAAAGAGGAAGGCAACCAGGAAGGCCCCUCACCUCAGGCUUUGGGUGCCUCAGGGCAGGCUGUCAUCUCUCUGCUCACCCCUGAAGAGCUGGAGAAACUUAUGGAGGAGGUGAAAACUUUAGAUGAGGCAACACUAAAGCAACUCAGCGACAUCCAUGUUACAAUUCUGCACAAAGAAGAAGGCGCGGGUCUUGGCUUCAGCUUAGCCGGUGGAGUAGACCUAGAAAACAAAGUUAUGACGAUCCAUAGAGUUUUCCCCAGCGGGCUCGCAUUCCAAGAAGGAACCAUCCAGAAAGGAGACGAAGUCUUAUCGAUCAAUGGGAAGUCUCUCAAAGGUGCGACCCACGCCGAAGCGCUGGAGAUCCUGCGGAAAGCACGGCACCCCAGGCAGGCGGUCGUCGUCACAAGAAAACCCAAAGAGAGAGAAAACAGCCCGAAUGUAUCCGUCGACUCUUCUGCAUCCAUGGGAAGUGAAACUUCAACGGACUCUACAUCUGAAGAUCUGAUCUUCACGGUGACGCUGGAGAAGACAUCUGCAGGUUUAGGUUUCAGUUUGGAAGGAGGCAAAGGCUCCAUCCGUGGAGAUAAACCAAUAACCAUCAACAGGCUUUUUAAAGGGGUGGCAACCGAACGCAGCCCUGCCGUUCAGCCUGGAGACGAAUUAUUGCAAGUGCACACCCAUCUGAUGCAAGGACUCUCCCGUUUUGAAGCUUGGAACAUCAUCAAGACAUUACCCGAUGGGCCUAUUACUGCCAUCCUCAAAAGAAAAAACUCAAUCAGCAGAACAGGUGAAUCUCUCCCUGCGGAGGAAUAAGAAUAUGAAUAAUGAACAGACCCAGAACUGCUGCCCGUUUUUAACCAGGGCCAAAAAGGACUUCAUUUAUCCCCAUAGAGCUGAUAGAGCUGCCCAUGGCCAGAUGUUCUUUGCAAGCUAAGAGAAAGUCGACCGUGGCUCAGAGGUAGAGCACUUGCUUGGCCUUCAGCUCCAGGUAGGGCUGGAAAAAGUCCUGCCUGAAACUCCGGAGAGCUGAUGCUGCCAGUCAGUGUUGUCAAUAUGGGGCUAGAUGGACCAAGGAUCUGACCAAGGCAGCUUCCUAUGUUCCUAUGACCCGAGUUGAGAAGAGAGGAGAGGAGGCGUACGUCAAAUGCUCGCGGCUUGCUCAUUGUCCCGGUUGCAAGAAGGCAGCUGAUGCAACUGCAUGCUCUUCAAAGCCAAGGAAAUUCAGCAAGAGCAGGAACGUGUAAAGCAGCCAGAUGGUGGGGGAAAUGCUGCCAUGAAUCAAUGAGGGCACGACUGCGUAACGAACGAACCAAGCAUUCCCAUCCACCACGGGACACUGAGACGUGGAAUUAACUUCCAGACACACGGAAAUCCCUGGAUGGAUUCGGAACAACACAUGCAGCCGAUGUGAUGCCCUUUGACCCAAAGCGGCCUUUGUGGUCUCCCCUUGUGCUGCGGGAAGCGCACGGGCAUUUCUAUCGACAUUGCCAGGUCGACGGGAAUGCGCAGUGUGGAUUGUUGUGCAUCUCUGGAUCCAGGCACACCUGAUUCAACACCACCUUUCAACUCUGUCCCAUGCUAUCCAAAUAAAUUGUUGCUGUUUUAAUUAUUGGUCUUUACU